CUGAUGUCUUCAGCUGACCUCAAACCUGCCAGAGGAGCAAAGUUUGUGCGCUUGCUUUUUCAUCGCUACGGCAACAGCGACAUGUAAAAGGAUUCGUUAUUAGCAAUUUUUCCGACGUAUUUGCCAACCAUAUGGAAAUACGGCCGAGUGAAUAUAUAUUCUCACUUCUGUAAUAAUUCUGUGGUCUUUUCCUGCAUCAACGUUAAAACAACGCAUCUUAAACAAGUAAAACAGGUACAGAGAUAUGUGAGUCUAUAUGAAUACCCAACAUGACACCGAAGACUCUUCCACUGUUGGAGGUCAUCAUUGUUACAGUACUGUGCCUUUCCAGUCCCACAUGUGCCACCGAUGACCUCGUACGUGCCAGGAAAGGGGACACUGCUGUAUUAUCGUGCAAUCUGCCCUACCCCGGCCUGGUCAUCUCGGCCUCCCAGCAUGUCAUCGAGUGGGUUCGUCAGGGCUAUGACAUCCCCAUUCUCAUUCAGUUCGGAAUCCACGACCCCCGCGUGCAUCCCAGCUACGAUGGUCGAGUGUCUCUCGUGGGGAGCACAUCUCUGCAGGUGAGGGAUCUUCUUCUGGACGAUGAAGGCUGGUAUGAGUGCCGCAUUCUUCCACUGGACAAAACCACAGAUGAGUCUAGAAGCAACGGAAGCUGGACUUUCCUCUCCGUCACAGCGCCACCCGUGUUUACCGAAACCCCACCUCCUGCCGUGGAAGUAUUUGUGGGUAGAUCGGUUACCUUGAAGUGCGCUGCCCGGGGAAACCCGCGGCCCACGAUAACCUGGUCUAAAGAUGGAGUCCAAAUAAAAUCACAAAACAAUGUGAAGAAUGGAAGUCUGUCUGUCCAUGCUGUGAGCCGUGAAACAAGAGGCAUGUAUAAGUGCCAAGUCUCUAAUACCGAGGGAGAAGUAACUCACAUCACAGUUGUUAAAGUCAUUGGUCCUCCCGUCAUUCUAAAUCCUCCAAAGGACACUAUUCUCAACAUGCACCAGGAUGCCAAAUUAAACUGCCAGGCAGUAGCCGACCCACCUAACAUGACCUAUGUGUGGCAAAGAAAUGGAGAAGAUAUAUAUCACAUUGAGUCUCUGAAGUCUCGUGUUAAGGUUAUAGUGGACGGCACACUCCUCGUAUCACGCUUGACUCCAGGGGAUUCUGGGAACUACACUUGCACGCCUACUAACGGACUGCCUGCCUCCCCAUCCGCCUCGGCCAUGCUCACUGUUCAGCACCCAGCGCAGGUGAUGCACAUGCCUAAGCUGACCUUCCUCGCCACAGGCAUGCGGGGCGUAAUAUCCUGCCCAUUCAGAGCUGAACCUGCACUAUUACGUAUUGACUGGACCAAAGAUGGAAACCCGCUGGAUUUGGGCAUGUAUCCUGGAUGGACACUUACCUCUGAAGGCUCCAUCGUCAUAGCAACAGCCAAUGAUGAUGCAGCAGGUGUCUACACGUGCACUCCAUACAACAGCUUGGGGACAAUGGGCCAGUCAGAGCCCACCACCGUAAUGCUACAGGAUCCUCCAUCAUUCAAAGUGUCACCCAGUAAGGAGUACAGACUGGACAUGGGCAAGAUGCUUGUCAUUCCAUGUCAGAUGAAUGGUAACCCGGCUCCAAAAGUCACAUGGAAAAAGGUGGGUGCUUCCACUCGCUCACAGUUCUCUGUACCAGCGGAUGGUUCACUCAUUCUUCAGCCGCUCAAUAAAGACCACCAGGGGGAGUGGGAAUGCAGCUCCAGCAACCGAGUGGCUACUGUUUCUGCGAGAACAACAGUCCUUGUGCUGGGUACAAGUCCCCACGCAGUCUCCACGGUGUCUGUGAUCCCAGGAUUUAACAAGGCCAAUGUGUCCUGGGUGGCCGGCUUUGAUGGAGGAUAUACACAGCAGUUCACUGUCUGGUACAAGCAGAUGUCAGUAGUAAAGAAAGAGGAAAAGCAGGAGUGGCUGAUCUUUCCUGUCGUGUCUACUGGAAACAGUGUGUUGGUCGCUGAUCUACUUCCUGCCACCGAGUACCAGUUUAGAGUCAUGUCCCAAAAUAAAGUGGGCAGUGGACCCUUCAGUGAGAUCGCUACUUGCAAAACUCUGGAUGCAUUUUCUGUUGGGACCAAGCUGGAACCACCAAAAAAUCUUUCAUUCAAUCGGACUUCAGAAGGAAUUCUUCUGUGGUGGUCAGCGCCCCAAUCUCAUUCUUUGCUCAUUGACGGUUUUGUCGUCCAGUCACGCCUUGAAGGAGGCGAAUGGAGUAAUCUGAAAGAGGACGUUAGCCCAAACGAGAGUCAAAUCUUUCUUCUGGGGUUAUGUAAGGAUUGCAAGUAUGAACUCAGGCUUCUCUCUCGACAUGAAGAUCAGCUGAGCAUGCCCAGUCCAUCCAUCAGUGUCUCCACCAUCGGAAUGGAUGUGAACCCAGCUAAUUCCCGUGUCUUAGACUUUUCUGACCAGAUGUUGGCUGGUGUCAUGGGUGGCGUGGGACUCCUUUGCAUUAUUCUUCUCCUGAUCUUGUCAAUAGUUUGCUUUGCUUUUUACAAAAAGGGCCAAAGGCGCAGACAGAACACCAUGGAUCUCCCUCCAGCUUUAAAUAAGAACCCAUCUGACAACCCUGACAACUCCUCGACGCAAAAGCUCCUAUCAUCCCGUCCACUUUCCCUCACUUCCACCUCCUCCGGCCAUUCCUCCCUUGACAAGUCGACUCGCAGUGACUUUCACGGCCAGCGUCAACAUCAUCUGCCCCAAGCUAACCCUCCAUCACACCAAUCCCUUCCCGAGAGCCACCUCCAACGGGCAUCGCUUGCCGCUACGAACUCCGUGGAUUUCAUCCACCGAGGACCCGACGGACGCUUUAAUAUCCAGCCUGGUGAAAAUGAAAGCAUUGCCAGUUCUCAUAUGAAGAGAAACACGAGUCGAACCUCUCACCGGUCAUCAGAAGGAAACAGGAGCUUUAGAAUCCAAAAAUCACAGUCUUUAAGAUCCUACAGGGAUGAACGAAAAAAGCCUCCAUUUGUACUUUCUGUAGAUCUUCCACCUUUCGGAUCUGAUAUCCCUGCUUCCGGCAGAACACGAGCUAUGGCUAAACACCUGUCAUUGAAUGGACAUUACCUGCCCAUUCGGGAACAAGAGUUCUUAGAGGCUCCAGAUCGAACAAGCUUGUCUUCCGAAAGCAGUGGCUCUUUUUUCUAUGCUCCUUCUGAGAGCACUUUAGGCCAGCCAUCUUUGAAGCACGGUAACGUCCACUCUGCAGCCAGUACCUUGGUUUUACAGAUGGAGCACGAGAGGGAACAAGGAAACUUGAGUCGCUGUUUAACUCUGGCACGGGAAAGAGAGGAACUUGAAAUGGAGUUGCGCAAGUGCAUUGUUAGCCAUGGCGGAACACUUGAUGAAUAUGGAGAAAUUUGUAGAAGUGGAGAAACGGCAACACCUAACUACCAAACCGCCAGACAUAGCUUCUUAUCGGAGAGUACCAACACUUUGAAGGGAAGAUCUGCUUCUUGUAUUCCGUGGGAAGAAAGGCACAGGUUUUCCACUGCUAGCUUAGUGCCCCUCCAUACAAAGGAUAUCAAAUAUAGACAAAAUCAACACGGAUACCAGUCAAUCCAAAGAUCUAAUUACCAAAGAUCCAAAAGUCUAGACAGAGGCGAACACCAAAAAUUGCACAUGUGGGACCGAAGGCAAAGCAGAACACCUGUUGAUUCAAGUCAUGGUAGACUCAUAGAUGAGUCCUUCAAAGUGGAAACCACCAAACCUUACGCAGGCUACAGUCCAAACAACUUGAGUAAAAGUCAACAAUAUUUCAACCUGCGUGUACGUCCAUCUUUGCACGAUCAACGGGGACGGAGAAUGGCAAGAACCCCCAGGGAGAUGAAUCAAACUGGUGAUUUCUCAGAGGUGAGCGUGGAUGGACCUGAGCUAGAGAAUAAGACUUAUUCAAGGUCUUUACUAGAACACAGUUAUGAGACACUAGACUUUGACAGGCCCAGGUUAGAAGAGCUGGAAAGAGACAGAUCAGAAGAGCAAAAGUUAGAGUCCGUAAACGUGGGUUCAAGGAGAAACCAGGAAAUGUUGAACCGAACUUUGCCUCCGAUGGAUUAUUGUAUGACGCUACAUCGGAAGACAAAGAGUCUGGGGUCAAACAACUGCAAUCGACAUAGGAGCACUCAUAGUUUAGACUCCAGGCAAUACAAGCAACAGUUUUUGCCUCCAGAUGUCUGGAUUGACUCGUUGACUCACAGUCGAGAUUCUCAAACACCGCCCCUUGGGAGUAGAGCUAAAUCUGUGGCAGAUGAGCCUAAAACCAAUCCUAAUCUUACGACAGUUUCACCUUCAGAACGUCAAUUGAGAAACCCCAGGCUGGCCUCAAAAUCCCCCAGCGGCUUUACAAAUGAGGGGGAUCAAAAGGGGGGUUCUAGCAUGCCCCCCUCAUAUUGUCCCUCUCUUACGUCUGGUAGCCGGAGUCAGAGUCAAGAUGAGCGGAGAGAGGAGAAUGAAGAUCGGCAGGAGGUGGAUGUGGAAUUAAACAGAUACAGGAAGUGUUCAGAGACAGAGGGAAGUUAUAGAAGCUAUACAAGUCAGAGUAGUGGCAGAGGGAGUAUGAACAGCAGACAGUUCUCUCUCAGCCCACCAUUCACCAGCUCACCAGAGACCACAGAGGACAGCGACAAGGAUGAAGCAGUCCUACAGGAGCAAGAAAGGUUAACCAAAACAUACUGUGCUAGAAGAGGGUCUGUGGAUGAAAGCUAUGAAUGGGACACUGCCUAUGCCCCCUUGCAUCCCAUGAACCCAAAAGCUUCAGGAAUUAAAGCAGGUGUACUCAGAGAAGUCACUCCUAGGGAUGAAUACAGGCCAGAAUUACACCUGAAACAAAAAGGUCUUUUCCCUCCGGCUGGUUUCAAGGAAUCUGUUCCACCCUUUGUAGUUUCCAACAUUCGUUCUCCUCACGGCGAGCAAGAAUCACUUCUAGCUCAGGAGAUACAGAGGAGCUCCACAUCAUUCCCAGAACCAGACUCUGACACCGUUCUCUUCUGACUUACAACAGUAGCAGAGAUGUUAGAUUGGACACAGCACGGUUCCCCUUUAUCGCACAUUUGAGUGGUCAGGACGAUGGGGGUCAGCGUGUUUCACCGUUAAUUAAACAUCUCGAUCACUCCUGCAGGGAAAAAACCAAGAACACACACUUCUCUCCUUAACUGAUGAAAAACACAUUUGAUGAGUGAGCUGAACCUCAACAAAGAAUAGUCUCCUUAAGAGCAUGCUUUAGGCAUCGCAAAUCAAAGGGUGAAAAAAAUAAGCAUACUUCUCUCUGCAUGCUGCUUUUGCGGAUCAUCCUGAGUUGCAUUAUCCACUUUUAAAGAGAUACUUCACCUUCAAAAUGAAAGUCCUGUCAUCAUUUACUUAGCCUGUCGUAUAUUUAAACCUGUGAAACUUUCUAACACUUCAGUAUUUGGGGCAAUUCUCGCUUUAAUAAUAUUUGGAUAUUAUUGGCUGAUUAUUAAUACUUAUAAAGCACAUAUUCUGCAUGACCAUAGUCUACAUCCCUAAUCCUACCCAAUUCCUAAACCUAAAAUACUACCUUACUAACUAUUAAUAAGCAACAAAUUAAGAGUUAAUUGGGGGAAAAGUCAUAGUUAAUGGUUUGUUAAUAGCGAGAAUUGCCCCGUAUACUGAAAUGUGACCGAUUGUCUUUCUUCAGCAGAAAAUAAAAGAAGAUAUUUGGAAAAAUGUUGGUUGCCAAAAACCGUUGGUCCCUACUGACUUUUAUUGUAUGGACACAAAACCAAUGCCAAGUCUAUUGGGACCAACGUUUUUUCAGAAUAUCUUCUUUUUGUUCUGCAGAAGAUAGAAAGUCAUACUGGUUUGAAAUGACCAGGGGACGUGUAAAUGACAGAACUUUCAUUUUGAAGGUGAACCGUCCCUUCUUAGCUUUUCUGCUUUUGCUUCAAAUUGUUUUAUUUUUAUUUUUAUGAUUGUUUUUGUUUUAUUUUAUAAUAGUUGAAUUUCUGUUUUGGCAGUAAGUUCACAUUUUAAUUAAGGAAGAUCAUUCACCUUUUUUAUAUGAAACUGGGCGAAUCGGAGACGCACUUAAAUGCCUCUAUGGACCUUGUGAAACAUUUCGCCGAAUAUCUGGAUUGAUGUUCUGCUUUCUCAACAAUCCUUAUUUCACCCAACCCACUUGUACCUACCUCAUAUACACCACCAUCACAAAAGCACCAUUACUGGGAUUUUUUUAACAGCACAGUUACAUUAAUGUGAAAAGAUUUUGCCCAUUUAAAUCAAUGUGGUAGUGCAUCAUGCUGUACUUAAGAGGAAUGACAAUCAAUUGAACCAUGUCCUCAAAUGACCACAGAUCUGUGAUGUCAUAUGUUGAAGACAUUUUUGUCCUUGGUGAGUUGGGAUGUUCUGAAAACGUUUCUUGAGAUUUUAGUUCGUGUCUCAUCCUUAAAGUGCUAAUUUUUUAAGCUUUAAUGAGCCGUUAAAUAGGAAAUCACAAGUUUAAUUGGUUUGAUCAGUGUCUUUGCAUAAGUAAUCUAAUGAAUUGAUACGCAUUCUCUGAGAUUGUACAGGAAGACAAUGAUUAAAUUCCCUGCAUGUGAUGGAAGGUCAUUGUACUUUCAGUCAGACUGAAAAUACUGAGCUUUACUGUUAAGUGUUUAUGCUAAACAUUUCGGUUCCUGUCUGCUUUUCAUGAAGUUAUUAAAAACACAUUUUAGAGAAGUUUGCUACAAAAUGAUACGCAAUUUUAUACCCAAUUUUGUAUCGCUUCAGAAUUGUAAUAUUUAUAAUUGCAUCAUGACAGAAUUUACAAUUUUUUUUUUUCUGCCAAUAUGAAAUGUUUCACUGCAGCGGAUGCCAACCAGGCACUUCAUCGAAUAUAAUAUAGCUUGCAAAUAUGUGUAUAUGUAAUUAUUACCUUACACCCUUUUUCUCGAAAUGUAUUCAAAAAGGUCUAUACAAAGGUUUUGAAGUAGAAUUGUUUUAAACUCAAUAUAUUUUUGACUACACGUUUGUAAAUUUUUGCCACAUUUUAAAUCAUCAAUUGCAUUUCAUGUAUGGAUUUAUAUUGAGAUUAAAGGCAACUAUGUGUUGAAUUUU